ACUGGAUCAUUGAGGAAGCGCGACCACUCCUAGGCCGCUUCGCAGCUGGGAUGGAGCCUGCAGGGGCCCAGAGGGAAGGAGCAGGGGGGAUUCCUCCUCGGUCUAUGUCAGGAGCCGCUGGGGACCUGCUCGGGGAACAAGAGGAGAGAGCGCCGCUAACAAGCACGACACCCCCGGGAACCCCGGAAGAUCGCAGCUCGCCCUGCACUCAGUGGGCACCCGGCACCGGCAGUGAGCCCCAGGUUCGCAGCGGGUCGGGAGAUCAGAGUCCCGUGUGUGAUCUUGUAACUGGGAGCCCUUCCUUACCGUCUAAUGCAACUUUCUGGACACGGACGCUGUCGGGAUGCCGGGAGCUCUUCAGUCGGAUGAAGGAAGCUGUGUCCGGCCUUUUCUCACGCCAGAAUCACAUCGUUGGAACUGUUUCUGUCGCUGCUGUGAUUUUGGUAUUGGUCCUGGUAAUUUUCCUGAUUGUAUGGCAUUUCUCCUAUAAAGAACCUCCCAUCACCCUGCCCUCUGAGCCAUGCCCUGAGGACUGGCUGUACUUCAAAAGGAAAUGUUAUUACCUCUCAGAGGAGGAGAAGGACUGGGACGCCAGUCAAAGCUUCUGUUCCCUUUAUGAAGCUUCACUUGCUGUGAUUGAAAACCACCAAGAAAUGCAUUUCCUCACUAAGCGUAUGCACAUGCAAGACUCCUGGAUUGGACUGCGCAAGCGAGGAGAAGGCUUCUACUGGGUCAAUGGCAUUCCACUUACAACGGACAUGUUUCCCAUUCAGGAUCAUGAAGAAUGUGCCUACACAGAUUCAUCUAGUAUCUCUACAUCAGCAUGUUCUUUACCCAGGCAUUGGAUCUGCAGCCGCCAUCCCUUCAAGUGAACAGUGCAAGGGGAUCUUUAACAACCAAAAGUGGGCCAGAGUUGUAGCAUCACUUCAAAAAGGUGGCACUUCUAGCCCCACAGCACCAGGGGUGAAAGUAACAUAAAACUUUUACCAGUAUGGGG